CUCCCACUCCGCGUCUGCUCAGACAGGCAAAGGGGUUCUGAGAAACGUCAGGCGGAAGAGCAGAAAGCCGAGAAAGGAGCCGGUGCCUUCUCUGGCUUUCUCAGAAAAAAGGAACUACAGCAGCCGCGAGGACUCAGCUGUCUUUGAAAAACGCAGCCCGAGCAGAACGAACCCAAGUCCUGCUAUUUUGCUCGGUUUUAUCCCUUUUUUUUAAACCUUCGGUUUGAGCUAAGAAAAAGGACCGUAUAUCCUGCGCCUGAAAACAAGCGAAGAUGAACUCGCAGACAACCAGCUGUUUGAUCUUGGCUUUUGCUGUCCUUCAGUUAGUAAACAGGGGGUUUUCUUCUUCCUGCCCAGCCACUUGUGAAUGUCCUCUGGAGGUUCCCAGAUGUGCUCCAGGAGUUGGUCUGGUUCUGGAUGGUUGCGGAUGCUGUAAAGUCUGUGCUAAACAGCUCAAUGAGGACUGUAGCAAGACACAGCCUUGCGAUCACACCAAGGGGCUGGAAUGCAACUUUGGCGCCAGUUCCACAGCUCCGAAGGGGAUCUGCAGAGCACGGUCAGAAGGAAGACCCUGUGAAUACAACUCCAAAAUUUAUCAGAAUGGAGAAAGUUUUCAGCCCAACUGCAAACACCAGUGUACAUGCAUUGAUGGAGCUGUUGGCUGUAUCCCACUGUGCCCACAAGAACUCUCCCUUCCAAAUUUGGGCUGUCCUAACCCAAGACUAGUGAAAGUCCCUGGCCAGUGCUGUGAGGAAUGGGUCUGUGAUGAUUCCAAAGAUACCUUGGAAGAGCUGGAAGGAUUCUUUGGCAAAGAUGUGGAUGCUUCCGAAGGAGAAUUGACCAGAACCAAUGAAUUAAUAUCCAUUGUAAAAGGAAAACUGAAAAUGUUACCUGUCUUUGAAACUGAGAUUCGCAGCCACUCAUUUGAGAAUCCAAAAUGCAUUGUUCAAACAACUUCAUGGUCUCAGUGUUCAAAGACCUGUGGAACUGGGGUCUCUACUCGAGUCACAAAUGAUAAUCCUGACUGUAGACUAGUUAAAGAGACCAGGAUAUGUGAAGUGAGACCAUGUGGGCAGCCUAGUUACGACUCCUUGAAGAAGGGAAAGAAAUGCACAAAGACCAAAAAGUCCCAAACUCCAGUCAAGUUCACUUAUGCAGGAUGCUCUAGUGUGAAGAAGUACCGCCCCAAGUACUGUGGCUCAUGUGUGGAUGGCCGAUGCUGCACUCCUCAACAGACCAGGACUGUCAAGGUCCGGUUCCACUGUGAUGAUGGAGAGACCUUCACUAAGAAUGCCAUGAUGAUCCAAUCUUGCAGAUGCAGCUAUAAUUGCCCCUAUGGAAACGAGGCGUACCCUAAUUACCAGCUAUUCAAUGACAUCCACAAAUUUAGGGACUAAGUUGUGAUGUGUGCAGGCUUGAGGAGGCGGCUUGUAAUUAAUAUAUGGCUUGUUUUUGAAGUACCAGUGGAAAAAAUGAACUCUUAUCGAAGUGAUGCCUUUACCCAGCAGAGGGCAACACAGACACAAGAAUGCACUGUGUGACUGGAUACUAUUGCAACAGUUUCAGCAUACUUAAAGCUUCAUAGUACUGGAGCAGACUUAUUGCUUCAAUUUGGAGCACUCUUAUGAUUACUGAUUUCUGUUUGUAUCUAUCCGUUUAUACAAAGUUUUUUCUGUUUUGGCAGUGAAAACCUUCUGUUUUUACUGUUUAACAUAUUUUUGUUAUUUCAAAAUCAUGUUGGAAGUUACUCUCUCUUUCCCAAGGUGGGCACUUUUGGAGUUCCCAUCUAUGGCAGCUAUAAGUACCAGCUACAUAUUUCAUAUCUACAAACAGAAAUUGGUUGUUUUUAAAGCUGAAUAUUUUAUUUAUCAAAAUGUAGCUUUGUUUUUGGAGGAAAAAAAACUUAAUACUGGAAUAAGUUGUAAAUAAUUUAAUUUUAUAUUCAAUGAAUUAAGAAAAUUUAUUUAUAGAAUUAAUCAUUUAAUAAAGAAAUAUUUACCUAA